GUAGCAAAGUCUGAAGGGAAUAUUAUUUUGCCAAAGAAUUUCGAAUACCGCCUACUGGACACAAUAAGACUAGCAACAAAUUGUUCUUAUUCAGAUUGUGGAUUUGUGUAUUCAGCAUUGAUGGGUAUGCUAUCCUCUGUAAUACCAGGUUUGAAAGAAAAUCUCCAAGCCGAUAAGAAGUCGACUGAUGUAGAAAAAACAGAAGAGGAGUACUCACAAAGUCCAGAUUGGUGUUUACUUAACAUUAAAUUUCGUUUCUUUGAAUCACGUCAAAGUAACGAUCAAGAAUGUAAUUGGCGGUUACAUGAUGAUCAAUAUGAUAUUCUUGAACGGUUGAAUGAAUUGAUUACCUUACUGGAAAGAUCUGAUCAUCAAUUGGUUGUAUGCUAUCUUCGUGUAUCUGAAUACCGAUCGGUUCGUGCUCUAAUCGGUUUAUAUCAACGUGAAACAAAUCAAGAAAUACGCGCUAAAUUGCUCAGAUGUAUUGGAAUAUGUUGUUCUUUAGAUUCUGCUUGUAUUCAUAUCUGUCUUGAAUCAGUUCUUCCUAAUGAACUCAUUCGAGAAAUACGAUGCACUACAGAACAGGAAAUUCCACAACUUGCUUUAAGAUUACGAUUUUUGUCCAUACUGAUUGCGCGUUCACCAAGCCUUCCUGUGGAUUUAUAUACAUCUCUUGAUCGAGAACUUUUCAGUCAUUUAAUGAAAUUAUGCGAUUCAACGAGUUCAACUAGUUCAAAUUUAAUCGAUUUAGAAAAUUUUACUGAUCAUCGUGAACUCUCAAUUACAAGCAAUAAUAAUAGUGCUGAUGCUAAUGGGGAUAGUGGUAAUAAUAAUAUUAAUAAUAAUAAAAAUAACAGCAACUCUAAUGAACAAAGUCGCCAGUGUGAAAUGUUUUCAUAUACUGUAACAGUAUUUUUCUUAGCGUGUAAUUGGCAUUUUAAUAGUUCAGUCUACACAAUCAAUUCUCCGUCUAAAAAUGAUCCUGCUGAUUCUGUCUGUGUGAAAAGUCCUCUAUUGGAAGCAUUGCUCAGUGAAUCAAUAUCAUCUCGUCUUUUCCUUGAAAUAGUUAUUCAGACAUUCAAUCGUAAUUUCGACCCGACAUUUAUGGUGACUUUCCUUCCAAAGCAUAAAAAUGAUGACAGAGAAAGUUGUCUAAUCCAAUGGGUUAACUUUUGUCAGUCCAAUAUACAUGACAGUUGCACUAAUGAUACAUCUACUGCCACUACAGCUAAAGGUUUAGAGGAGUUUUUAAAAAUAUUUGAAGCUAAUUCACGCACUGACAAUAAUACUCAUGAUGAUUUAGAAUAUAUUGAAAGUCUGUGGAAUUCUAAUCUAGGCUGUCGUCAUCAAAGCAGCUCUUUAGAGCUGACUGACAACAAGCCAGUACUGUCUGAUCAUCAUGUCAAUUCAACAACUAUGCCUACAAAUACUGUGAUCAAAUUCCUUUGUGAUUUAUUCUACUCUCCGGAUACUUCAGUGCUGAUCUAUCAUAAUGAUUUUGAAGUGAUUAUUGAAGUGAUAAAUCGACAAUUACGCGAUUUAGAACCUGAUUCUGAGGAUUUACCUCAUUUCCUGCAACUCUUGGGCAUCAUGUCAGCCAGUUCAUGUCUUACAGUAAGAGAUUCCGCCAAAAUUCAUGAUACAAUAGAUUCCUUGAAAUCAAUUUUACAAUCAGUAUCACAUAGUACAUCGUGUAAAACACUUGCACUGACUGUAUGUAAACAAUUAAAUACUGUUGUGAAUUCAUUCACUAAACAAUAGUAGCCAUUAUUAUUAUUAUUAUUAUUAUUAUUAUUAUUAUUAUUAUAGUGAUUACGUAAGCAUUGUUAUGUCAUAAGCAGUACAUUAUUACUAUUAUUGUUAUUAUUAUUGUUAUUACUGCCAAUGUUACAACAUUCCAUCUGC